AUGGUUAUGAAAACGACAGAGAGAAGCUAUUCCGUGGCAGCAGUUGCCUUGGUCGUCGUUAUGACUACGUAUCUUGUUGCUCUGUUCUCCACCGUGUCCGACCUUAAGUUGAUUCCUUCGCUAACUUUGUCUCAAGGAACGUUACAACAAACAUGGGAAUCAAUAAAAGCUCCACAAGCGAUGACUUCAUCAACAAUCAUAUGUGAUCGGUCCGACACUAACUACGACCUCUGUUCAAUCAACGGCUCGUGUCAUCUAGACCUAACAACCCAAACCAUCAGUCUCCUGGACCCCACUUUCACCACAUCAGCACCGAUUGUCGAAAAGAUCAAACCAUACCCAAGAAAAGCAGAUAACUGGGUCAUGUCUAAAAUCCAAAAACUAACACUGACCUCAGGCCCAAUGAGCCUGACCCGAUCAUGUAACAUAACACAUGAUUCGCCGGCCAUUGUUUUCAGCGCCGGAGGUUACACCGGAAACAUCUAUCACGACUUCAUGGAUGGUUUCAUUCCGCUUUUCAUCACGGCCAACUCGAUCUACCCUGACCGCGACCGCGACGUCAUCCUCGUGGUAGCGAAUCCUAGAGAAUGGUGGAUGCCAAAAUACAUCGACGUUCUAGGUGCGUUAAGCAAACACAAACCCAUAUUACUCGAGAAUAAAAAUGCUUCUAUUACACAUUGUUUCACUUCAGCCACUGUGGGCCUAAUAUCAUACGGGCCAACGUUAAUGGACCCAAACAAAUUACCCAACUAUGGUUCAUUAGUGGGUUUCCACAAUCUUUUAGACAAAGCGUUCAACACAAGUCUAUCCACGUUCAAACCCCAAAAGCCUCGUCUCGUGUUGCUCAGUCGAUAUGGCAACAUUGGUAGGGUGAUAUUAAACGAGGAGAAAGUCAAAAUAAUGCUUGAAGACGUUGGGUUUGAGGUUGUCACAUUUAGACCAACGGGGACAACGAGCAUGAGAGAAGCGUAUAAACUUAUAAAGUCGAGCCAUGGGAUGGUUGGGGUUCAUGGUGCAGCAUUAACCCAUUUGUUGUUUCUUAGACCAGGUUCGGUUUUUGUUCAGGUUGUUCCGGUUGGUGUAGGUUGGGUGGCUAAGUGUUAUGGAUCGCCUGCUAAGGCGAUGAAGUUGGAGUAUACGGAGUAUACGAUUGAUGUGGAAGAGAGUAGUUUGGUAGAGAAGUAUAGUAGAGAUGAUUUGGUUUUGAAAGAUCCUAUUGCUUUUAGUAAAAAUGAUUGGGGUGUGACUAAAAAGGUUUAUUUAAAAGAACAAGAUGUUAGAUUAGAUGUUAAUCGGUUUAGGAGUCAUAUGAGUAAAGCUUAUGAGAAAGCUAAAUUGUUUAUGGACUUGAACGGUUGA